UUUGAGCCGCGAGGUAAUAUACUAUAGAUCUAAUCUUCAUAUACAUCGUGAACGACACCGAGAAUGCAAGACUUCAAUUCUCAGGUGCAUUUUAGAAGCUCCAAAGCAGGGUUUGACAUCCUCUUCAUAGCAAUAUGCUGUAACUAAAAACUAAAAUAUACUCCAGCUUUUAGCUACUAGUGAAGCAGUGGGGCUUGUGGCAUCUGCUGGUGGGGGCAUAUUUUGGCUGGGGAAUUUGCAGGCCCCGCCUCUACCCCUGUUCUGUUUUUUUUCUUCCUUUUUAGGGGAGCUAUGGAGGCUCGUGUUCUCUAUCUCUAUGUUCUAUAAGUACUGCAACCUCUCAACAUUGUUAUCCGUGGGCCGGACUGCUUCUGAGGGCCAAGGUUCCAAGGAUUCAUCCAAGCUCUGCUGUCCCACACAGAUUGAAAUGGCAACAGUCUCAAUGGACGUUGAAGUGGGAAGAGAUGACAAGAAGAAGGGGUUCUACCAAGAUCUGGUCCUAGCUUACAAGACUCUGGGUGUUGUCUUCGGUGGCCUCGUCACUUCACCUCUCUAUGUUUAUCCGUCGAUGAAUCUGACCAAUCCCACUGAGGAAGACUACCUCGGGAUAUACAGCAUCAUGUUCUGGACCCUGACCCUGAUCGGUGUCAUCAAGUACAUAUGCAUAGCUCUGAAUGCUGAUGAUCAUGGUGAAGGUGGCACAUUUGCCAUGUAUUCUCUGCUGUGCCAGCAUGCCAACAUUGGCAUCCUCCCGUCCAAAAAGAUUUACAUUGAAGAAGAGGAUCUGGUCUCGACUCACCCUGCUGUGACCAGAAGGCCAAGCAGGCUGAGGAGAUUCAUCGAGCGCAGCAUUGUCGCUAGGAGGCUGCUGCUCCUCACUGCUAUAUUGGGCAUGUGUAUGCUAAUUGGAGAUGGCAUUCUCACACCUGCUAUUUCAGUCUUGUCUGCAAUAGAUGGACUGAGAGGCCCUUUCCCAUCCGUCAGUAAACCUGUGGUGGAGGCACUGUCUGCGGCGAUCCUCAUUGGGCUUUUCCUGCUACAGAAGUACGGCACGUCCAAAGUGAGUUUCAUAUUCUCACCGAUCAUGGCAGUGUGGACGUUCACCACACCGAUCAUCGGCAUCUACAGCAUCUGGCGCUAUUACCCUGGCAUCUUCAAGGCCUUGUCGCCACACUACAUCGUUAUGUUCUUCAUCACCAACCAGAAAAGGGGCUGGCAGCUGCUCGGUGGGACCGUUCUCUGCAUCACGGGUGCCGAGGCCAUGUUUGCGGAUCUUGGACACUUUAGCAAGAGGUCUAUCCAGAUCGCGUUCCUCACCAGCAUAUACCCCUCCCUCGUGCUCACUUACGCUGGGCAGACGGCGUACCUGAUCAACAACGUCAAUGACUUCAGCGACGGGUUCUACAAGUUUGUGCCGCGUCCCGUGUACUGGCCCAUGUUUGUCAUUGCGACGCUGGCAGCGAUCGUGGCAAGUCAAUCGCUGAUCUCAGCCACCUUCUCUGUCAUCAAGCAGUCGGUAGCCCUCGACUACUUCCCCCGUGUCAAGGUGGUGCACACCUCCAGGAACAAGGAAGGGGAGGUAUACUCGCCGGAAACCAACUAUAUACUCAUGCUGUUCUGUGUUGGUGCCAUCCUCGGCUUCGGCGAUGGCAAGAACAUUGGAAACGCGUUCGGGGUGGUAGUCAUCAUGGUCAUGCUGAUCACCACCAUCCUGCUCUCCCUGGUGAUGCUCAUCAUCUGGGACACACAUGUGGUGCUUGUGGCUCUCUACUUCGUGCCGUUCCUGAUCCUCGAGGGCACCUACGUGAGCGCAGUGUGCACCAAGAUCCUCAAAGGUGGGUGGAUGCCGUUUGCAGUGUCAUUGUUGUUGGCACUGAUCAUGUUCGGCUGGUACUACGGUAGACAGAGGAAAGCCGAGUACGAGAUGGCGAACAAGGUGACACUCGAGCGGCUUGGUGAGCUCCUCGCUGGUCCUGACGUGCACCGCAUCCCCGGGCUCUGCUUCUUCUAUAGCAACAUGCAGGACUGGCUCACGCCGGUGCUCGCGCACUACAUCAGGAACUUGCGGUCGUUGCACAAGGUGACCAUCUUCCUCACACUCCGGUACCUCCUGGUGGCCAAGGUCGAUGCCAAGGACCGUGUGGCCAUCCGGCGGCUUGGACCCAAUGGAGUUUAUGGGUGCACGAUACAGUAUGGCUACGCUGACCCGCUCGACUCUGAGGAGGAUGAACUCACCGGCCUGGUGGUGGGCGCCCUGCGGGACUACAUCACCGAGGAGGAGGAGGAGGUGGCUCUGCUUGAGGAGGCGAGGGAGGCUGGGGUGGUGCACGUCAGGGGCAAGAUGAGGUUCCACAUCGGCAAAGACACGGGCUUCUUCGACCGUAUUCUGCUUGGCUUCUACGAGUUCCUGCACAGCACGUGCCGGUCCGCGCUGCCAGCUCUCGGGAUCCCCCUGCAGCAGCGCGUCGAGAUCGGCAUGCUCUACAAGGCCUGACGCUACGCUUGCACGCACUUCCAUAUGUAUGACGCGGUGCGUGCCAAUAAGUCGUUCUGGUUUUCGGUUGUUUCAGCUACCUGCAGUAGCGACACAAUGGCGUUUGUAAGUAAACCUCAGUAUGAAGGUUGCCAUGAAAUAAAGGAUGUAUAUAUGCUGCGGAAGGUAAGCUUUUGUAACCAUAACUUAAGAGUGUCGGUUACUCUGGAAACUUUCAGCUCAAAAUAUUGCUUCCAAAUUUCUUCGCCACCCCAAUCAUGGCAUUUGUUUCUGAUAUACUUGAAAAAUUGCUCUCUGGUAUAGCAUAUUAAUUCUUGUGGUUGUGGGUAAUUUAUGUUGGUCAUGAUGACUUCGCCACCCAUUGUGGGCUGCAAUGAACUGGUCUUUAUCAGGAUUUUUUUCAGGUUAUUGGCAUGGAUACCAAUUGGUGUCAUACAUAGUUCCUAUUACAACAUGUGGAGGGACGAAAUACAUUGACUAUUUGGUGCAUUUACUUAGAGAUGGUAACAGGUGCUUCUUCUGCUUUCUUUGGAUUACAACUUCUUAUAGACUCUGUGAUGCUUGCUUUUGUAUCACUUGAGUGUUUUGCUUCUUAAUUUCUUUUUGUGAGAAAUGACUUGGUGGUAACUCUUUUCAGUUAAAUAUAUCUAUGUGCAUCAAUUAUAUAUACAAGUGAUGUAGAGGUCGGUGGUAACUUCUUGUAUAUAUAUAAAACCUUCGAACCCACACAUCCAGAGAAAAAUAAUCAAAUUUAAACGGAUUAGCUUAGCCUUGACAAAAAUUGUAGAAAGUUGAAACAUGGAUCUCAACACUCAUAUAGGAUUGGUCAACUUGGGAGUUUCAUCUUUAAUUAAUCCCCGAACAUAUAUCGAAGUUCCAGGAAAAGAAAAGCUUUUUGUAGAAAAGUUAAACCUUCAGGCCAUAGUUUUGAAGUUCCAACAUGAAGCUUAGGUAGCUAGCCAAAUUGUCCCAUAUGCAGGAUAACAGUAUUGCUAUUAGCAUGUUUUCUUAGUUUUUAUUUUGUUAAUUCUAAGUUGUUUCCAUGGCUUUCAGGUAGGUUUGAGUUAAUUCUUAUAUUUUCUGAUUAUUAGAGCUUUUCCGUAAUUUUUUAUGUUUGUUUCAUCCUGGAUUUCCUCUAAAUUUAUGUUUUUCUCCCUCUAAAAUCAAUUAUGACACAUGCCCUGUUCUAUGCCAUAGUUAAAGAGUAGUGCUAACAAAACUGUGUUUUAUAGUGCGGAAUUCUUGCUCCUACUAAGAUUGGACUUCCCAGUUUCGUAAAACCUAAUCGGAUCAAUUAUAUCCAAAUGAAUGGGAAAUUGGUUUCAAUUAUUGGCAGGCCCUACAUAAUUCUUCCCACUCUGCACCUACCCUUCUUGGCCGACAUGAUGAUGCUCAGUUGAUCCUCAUAAAUCUGCACGUGUUGGCUUCUCAAAUUAUGUACUCAUUGAGAUCUUGAAGAGUCGAAAGAAGAAUCAUCUUUUAGCUUUUUGAUAGUGCGGGAUUACAUUGAACUCCAUCCUCAUCCUUUGUGAGGAGAAGGUUACCUGCCUUUCUCCAGCUUUUGGAGCACUGCAAAUUUGCAAUGAUGCAAUGCAAGAUGUACCAU